AUGGUUGUUCAUAUUCUCGGUAAGGCCGUUAAGGGCAAAGCGAGGGUUGCAUACGGCCUAGCAGCAACGUUUUAUGGAAUUGGAUUUAACACAGCAACAAGAAUAUGCUCUAAAUUGGGGUUUUACCCGGAAAUGAGGGUGCAUCAGUUAACUGAGCAACAAGUGAUGUCUAUAACAAAAGAGCUUUCAGAUAUGACAAUAGAAUCGAAGCUUUUAUCACAAAUAAGAUCGAAUAUUCAACUUAAAAAGGAUACUGGCUCCUAUGCUGGUCUACGUCACGCCAUGGGUCUCCCUGUUAGAGGUCAGAAAACAAGAAAUAAUGCAAAGACUGCAAGAAAGCUCAAUCGUUUGGACAGAAAGCGUUGA